CUUUAAUGGAAUCAAUUCAUACCAAAAGCCUGGAGCUGAGGCGUCAUUGAGCACUGUGGAAAUAUCCGUUUCCUUACCAUGAGGCCAGCCACUACAAGCCUUCCAUCCACAGACUCCAAUGCGACAAGACAAGUGCAAUUUCACUCUAACUUAUGCAGCGAAUUCAAUCAGUAUAUUGAAAAACAUUCAAGCACCGGCUACAACGGUCGGGGAGAUCAAGCCAACUACAUACGUCGCGAUCAGCUGGAGGCCUUCUGGAAUUCCGAACGCAUUAAAGAGAUCGUCAAUAGCAACCCGCGCAUACGUAAAAAUGUAAAGGAGGACGCCAUCGAGGAAAAUUACGUUCAAGUUCUGUAUAUAUUGGUACAUCUUGAUCUAAUCGAUCACUUCGAUGUCUUUGUCGCCAAUGAGCAAGAUGAUAAUAACCUGCCACUCAAACGUGUCCCAGGCUGGAGCUCUGGUAACGGGCCUCUGUGGGAGCGGUUCAUGCAGGACCAAUGGUGCUUCUGCCCCCAGAAGAUUUCGAAGCUCAUGCACCAACCCGAGGUCUCCCAAGACCAAAUACUUCCCCUGGUAUCAAAAACGCUGGUGAAUAACGAAGUCGGAGACGGAAGUUGCAUCUACAAAGUUGAGAUUGACGAGAACUACAACGACCUGACCUCAGAUGCCAAGUUUGUAACUGAUCAGGAUGUCGACCAUCUCAGGAACACCUUUGUCUUCAAGGAAAUCAAAUUCACCAGCAAGAUGUCAAAUCAAGAGCUUCAGAUGUACAGGAAUGAAGUUACCGCCUACAACUUACUUCGGAAACUCGAAAAACACCGGCUCUCUGAAAAUUUACCAUUCAAUUGCAUCGUUCGUUACUACGGGUCGAUAGAACAAGGGAACACCCGGACCAUAAUCCUCGAAUACGCCCGUGGUGGGAACCUCGUCAACUAUUACCAGAAGCACAGAGAAGGACUUCCUGCAGACCGCAGAAAAGCAUUCUGGGAUGCUAUGUUUGUCAUGUGUGACGGCUUGGUAGCACUCCAUGGUCAAGUCUCCUCACAGCAUGACUCCAAAAUAAGCCGUGAAAAUGGCAUGGAAUGGAAGUUCGUCGGUAUACAUCAAGACAUCAAACCGCAGAACAUACUGGUUUUUCCUGGUCCUGAAGAAGACCCAUAUAAUUGCACAUUCAAGCUUGCCGACUUCGGACGCAGCUGUGUACAAGUUAAGGAAGCAGCAGACAACCCGUUUGUUAAUGAGUAUGGAAACAAAAUGUAUGGCCCACCGGAAGCAUUCCAAGCUCGUGAAAUUCACUAUCUCGUCAAUGCAAAGAUCUCCACCCGUGGUGAUGUUUGGAAUCUAGGCACUGUUUAUAGUGAGGCGCUCGUGUGGUCAAUACGCGGAGAGUACGGCCGAGAAAAAUACAGGUGUCAACGACGAGACGCCAUCAAACAAUCAUCUGCUAAUGGAACAGGCAGCGAUGCAUCCUUCCACAACGGCAUAAAGAGACUACCAGAAGUUGAUGAAAUGCACCAGGAUGUACUGAAAAGAUCGGGCUCAGAUGGCGUCUUGGAGCUUGUGAGCGAAAUUGUGCUGGUUGAUAUGCUUGUUCGUCUCGACGAGCGCUUGGAAGCUGGAGAUGUCCACACGGACUGGGAAAACAAGAAGAUAAAGUCCAUGUCCGCACAAAAACUAAACAGCACCAGGCCUGGGACUGCGCAGUCGAGAAUUCCACCAUCAGAUAUCGUGUCAAGUGGUGAUUUGAUGACCCUUGGCGUCAUCGCGGGAAAUGAAACAAGGGACAAACCUCCAGACAACCCUGCAUCAGCAGCCAACAAUGAGAAGCCUAUCCCAGACAUGUCUCUUACUAUUGAGAAACUAUAUGAGCGCAUACGCCAUGAAUCGCCGCGCCGGCGAGCUCGGCUGGAGAACAUACCGUCAAUUGGAAAAGAGUUGGAAGACUUGCGACGCUCAAGCGGUCGCACGCAGGUUUUUCUAGUCGACAACUCUGAAUCGAUGAGGGUUAACCAAAUUGCUGUGUCCCAAGGUAUCCGCGUUUUGGGGAAGAUUCUAAAGGACAUCACACCCAAUGGCCAGGGAAUGAAAAUCUGGUUCAGCUCCGGUCUGGUCACCAACCCUACGAGGAAAAGUAAGAAACUAGAAGCAGCAGUGCGUGUGAACUCAUUUGAAGCUUCCAAUACACAAUUGCGGGAGACUUUGGGGUAUUGGGCUGAUGAUACCAUCAAAAUGUUGCGUGACCGGCGGCCUGAUCGCCAGAGUCUGUACAUUUUCACAGACGGAGAAGGUGAUGUACAUGAGGAGGGGCUCGAGGAACCAAUCAAAAAGUUAUAUGAGGUAUUGCGUGAGAUGAAAUUUGACGAAUCUUGGGUGUCAGUUCACUUCAUCCAGUACCGGGGACUGGAUCACGGAAUGCAGAGGAUUAUGCGAAUGUGCAAUACCCCCGUGUUUCGCUAUCCACACGAUGUCUCUCCGCAGACAAAUGCUUCUUGUUCAAAAUGCACGGAUGACGUGGUCACAAUCCUGCGUCGUCGUCUACGUUAUACCCAGACUUCUCGGGAUGCAAGCAUGCGGCAACCAGCAUCCCUGAAUACACAGUGGCCUCACAGCAGGGACGGCGGGCCUAGCCAGGCUGUAAUUAGAGACGGAUGAAGUUAGAAACUCGUAGAGCAUCUAGCUCAUCUCUAGGUGCGGACAGGGCAUCAUGCAGCCACCAGAUCUCAGAAAAUGGCACGGAGGCACGAGAACGUCAGAAUAGAAAGCCGCAGUGGGCUAUAACCUGCCACGUCUACUGGGAUGGAUUGAAGAUUAAGCACGGGAUAGGAAUUGAACUCAUCAACGUGUUAAAACCCCAAAGGCUGGCAUGAAUACCUCUGAUGCCAAGCAAAAAUUUGCUGUCGACUGAUGCCCAAACUUAAAAGGAGUCCAAAUGCUGGUCUUGAUCAGCUAUC